AUGUGGAGAACUCGAAAAGGAAUUUUUUCGCGGUCAAGUUCUUGCCUUCUGUUCGGUAUUUUACUCAUAAUAUUAUAUCUAUUAAUACAUCAACGAUUUCGAAACGCUCGACCUGAUUUACACCAAUUCCAAACACAAACGAAUGUACACUCAUUUAUUGACCGCAUACGAAGCAUAGCUAUACUCGAUCAAAAGUUCACAUUCAAUAUUAGUCAUAGUGUAGCAAGUGUCGAUAUCCCCACAUGGUUAAAUCGGUAUGAUGUCACGCAUUUUUUCAAUUUUUAUUGGCUAAAAAAUGAAGGAUAUUUAUGGCAUUUACAACGUUCGAUGGAUUUCAAACAAGAAUACAACAAUCCAAAGAGAUUAUUUCAACAGAUCAUUCGACAAGAUUUUCAUUUAAUCAAUAUUUUCGAGUAUUUACAAUCUCAUCCCGAAUACGGACUCAUUCUCGAUACGGCACCCGAUCCAAUUCCACCGCUAUUUCCUCCAUUACCUCAAACAAGCUCAUCACUCGAACAACUAUGUCAACAGGAUCAACGUUUGAAACAUUGGUAUCCUUGUCACACAAGAUCCGAGAUGAUACUCUCCUCGACACCAUCAUAUCCAGUUACAUAUGCUCUAUAUGAUGUAACUAUUGAAACUGUUCCUUCUGCAUCUAAUCAAGUCCAUUAUGAUGAAAUGAUUUAUUUAUUUAAUAGUCCACAACAAUUAACGAAUGAAACUGUUUUUGUUCGACAAAUUUUACCAUGUUUAAUUCGUUUAUUAGCACUUGUGCCUCAGACAGCAGUAAUCGUAUUACCUCAGCUGAACAAGAAAAUCUACAUCUCUCAAUAUAUUGACGUUUUGAUUGAACGAAGAAUUGUGGCCGAUAGAAACCGUUUUAUCGAAUAUAAUCCCAAUCAAAUUUAUCAUACGAAUACUCUCUAUUCAACAUCAUUUCCACGUUCAGAUUUGCUUCUACUAAACAAAGUUCUCAUUGCUAAUAAAUCAUCCAUUCGACGUGAAUUGAUUUUAAUCAUUCGAAACAAUCUCGACGAUUACAGUUUCAACGAAAUUGUUCAAAUAAUCAAUCAAUUCGAAUUCCCCGACGACUUCUCCUAUUUACGUAUAGAAAAUUAUCAUGAAAGUUCCUAUAAUUUAACACAAAUACGAGAUUUAUUUCAACAAGCACGUAUUAUUAUAGGUAUGCCAACGAACAUCCUCUCGCAUAUAGUUUGGUGUUUACCACGUACGCAUAUCAUCGAAAUAAUUGACAAAAAACUGACGACAGAUUUUUACGAGAUAAGUUUACAACUUCAUUUGAAUUAUUGGUUAGCGAAAACGACGAGGACUAAUCUAAUCGAUGGGAUUGAUUUUCGAAAUUUAAUGAUGAAAGUCUUAAUAAAUAUUGAUGCAUAG